CGCACCGGGCGCUGUGUGCCCUAUUACCACGGGGCCUCUAGGACCUGCGAGGUGUCCGCCUGGUGCCCAGUGGAGGACGGGGCCUCUGUCAGCCAAUUUCUCGGUAAGAUGGCCCCAAAUUUCACCAUCCUCAUCAAGAACAGCAUCCACUACCCCAAAUUCCAGUUCUCCAAGGGCAACAUUGAGAACCGGAAGGAUGGCUACCUGAAACACUGCACAUUUGAUGAGGUAUCCAACCUCUACUGCCCCAUCUUCAAGCUGGGCUUCAUCGUGGAGCAGGCAGGGGAAAACUUCACCGAGCUGGCACACACGGUGAGGGCGCAGCUAAGGGAGUGGGCGGUCAGCUCUCCUCCCAGAAGCUGGCUGCUAUGAGGAUGAAGGGUCUCCAUUACAGCCCUGCUCGAGCAGAGGAGAAACACGAUAGA